AUGCAUCUUUUUUUAUUCUCAAUCUUUGCAAUAUGUAUUGCAGGAGGCAAAACUCAAGAAAUUGCUAUUGGUACUGAAUAUUUACGAGCUAAUUUCAAUAAUUCUCUUCCAUCUGAAUCAGUAAUUCAUGCACAAGAAUCAGAAUCCUCAUCAAAUGGAGUUGUUGUUGAUGAUACAACAACAACAACGCAGGCACCGAAAGAUCAUAAUCAUGAUGAUCACCAUCAUCACCAUCUUCAUGGUGAUCACGAUCACAGCUCAGAAAAUCAUGAUGAUGAUCAUAAAAAACAUGGUCAUGAACAUCAUUCUCAUCAUCAACAUGGUGCAACAGUCACCAUUGAUGUUCAUCAUAUUCUCGAUAUAUUCAAACGACGAUUAGAAGCAACUGAAGAACGUAUUAUUGCUGCUAUUCAACAAGGUCAAUCGUCAAACUCAGCACCAGUCGUGAAAUCUUAUCGCACAGCCGACCGCAACAAUGAAUAA